AAAACUGCCCGGGCUCUUGCAGAAACAGAGACCUCCCGCUCAACUUUGCUUAUUGUGGACAGCAUGGCUACUGGGAGCAUUGGGAAGAAGCUGCAGUCAGAAAUAACUUGCUUUGUGUGUUUGGAGUACUUCGUGCAACCGGUGACUCUUGAAUGUGGGCACAACUUCUGCCAUGCCUGCAUUGUGAAGCACUGGGGGCAGAUUUCCAACCAGACCAUUUGCCCUCAGUGCAGAGUAUCAGUUCCUCGGUUGAAAUUUAAGCCAAAUGGGCAGCUGGCUAACGUCGUCCAGUUGAUCAGGCAACUGAGUGAUCAGGCAAAGCAGAUGACAAGGACAAGCAAAACCUGUCAGGGACACGAACCGGCAAUAUUGUCUUUCUGCAAAGACGAUCUUGUCCCCUUUUGCAUACAUUGCGAUGGAUCCCAGGAGCACCAAACUCAUGAUGUCAUCUCUGUGGCACAAGCUGCUGAAGAGUACAAGGAUCAAUUUUUAAGAUGUAUCGAGAGUCUGCGGAAGGAGAAAGAAGUGGUUAUGGAGCAUCUCUCAGAUACAGACAAAAAAAGUCAAGGCUUGUUUCAACUAGUAGAAGCAGAGAAAAAGAAAGUGAUGGAUGGGUUUAAUCAUCUGCGUCAACGUGUAUUGGAACAAAACACCUUUUGGCUUGCUAAGGUUGAAGAGGUAAAGACGGAGAUCACGCUGGAAACAAAUGAUCAGAUGGCUAUAAUCUCCAAGGAACUGUUUGUUCUUGAUUACAUCAUCCAGGACAUGGUUGAGAAGUGUGAUCAGCCAGUGUUGGAAUUCCUAGAGAAUGUCGGAAGCGUCUUGGAACGGUAUAAGAAGAAGAAGAAAUUUGAGAAUCCAGGGGUCUUUCCACCAAAGAUUAAACAUGAAAUCUGGGGAUUGCAGGACUUCAGUGCUUUUCUGCCUGGUGCUGUGAAGCAAUUUGAGAAAACUCUGGAAUCUGGAUAUCAGAUGAAGAAACAAAAUGAAAAUACUACUUUGGAGCCAGACCCAACUCAGGAGAAACGCUUGAGGCUAGGGGAGUCCAUCUUUUUAAAACAAAUCUGGUCAAUGAUGGAUGACAACCCCAUGGAAAAAUGUGUCUCGGAAGCAAACUGCUCCAUUUGCGGGCAAUAUUUUAAGGACCCUCUAGUUCUUGACUGCGGACAUAUUUUCUGCCGAGAUUGCAUUAUGAAGUGCUGGAAAGAAUCUUCAUCAGAACUUGCCUGUCCUCAGUGUAAGCAUAUAAUUCUUCAGGAGAACUUCAGCCAAAAUCAGCAACUGGAUAAUGUCAGAUUAUUCAAGCAAUUAAGAGAUCAGGCAGAAGGAGACACCAAAUAUUGUCAGCAACAUCAAGAGCAUUUGGACCUGUUCUGUAAGAAUGACCAGGUCUUUGUCUGUUCAGUGUGCUGUGGAUCUGAGGAGCACCAGGCUCACACUGUCAUCCCUAUUGAAACAGCUGCUCUGGAGUUCAAGGAUUUAUUUUGCAGUUGCCUGAAUAUUUUGAAGGAGGAAAGAGAUGAGAUUUUGCAAGUUCAGUCAUACAUGGAGUACGAAUGCCAAAAUCUAAUCGAGCAAAUAGGAAGAAACAGAGAAACCAUGAAAGCUGAUUUUGAGGAGCUGCACCAGUUCCUUAAAGAACAAGAGAAGUUUCUGCUGACCAGGAUGGAGGAGUUGGAAGAUAACAUUGCGCGGAAAAGAGAGAAGCAUAUUGACCAGGUCUCCAAAGAGCUCCGCUCCCUGGAGGCUGUCAUCUGGGAUUUGCAGGAGAAAUGCCAGCAACCAAUAAAUGAACUCCUACAGGAUGCUGGAAGCACCUUGAAGCAGCUCAGGAGACGAGCUUUGCUCACCUCUGGUGUUCUGCUCAUGCUUGUUUUUCUAUUUUUCCCCUUUGUAGCUCAAGUGACUUUGGAUCCAGACACAGCUCACCCCAAACUCAUUAUAUCUGAGAAUCGGAAAAGCUUGAUCCUGGGAAACUGGCCUAGACUUCAUCCCCAUUGCUCUAAAAGAUUUGAUCAAUGUCUUUUCGUGCUGGGAUGUGAGAAAUUCAACACCGGCAGGUGCUACUGGGAAGUCACUGUAGACAAUGAGGAUGGCUGGGGCCUGGGAGUUGCCAAGGCCUCUGUGAAGCGCAAAGGGGUCAUCUCCCUAGAUCCCGCAGAAGGUAUCUGGGCAAUGGCGAAGUGGGGAGACCACUGUACAGUUCUCCUCCCUCCUCAUUUCCCUGCCCUACCCAUAAGGUGGGAUCUCCAGAGGAUCCGAGUAUCUCUGAAUUAUAUUGGAGGUCGGCUGUCCUUUUUUGAUGCAGAUAGAGGGGUUCUGUUAGCUGUUUUCUUAGGGGCUUCCUUUUCUGGAGAACCCCUUCACCCUUUCUUUUGGCUUCAGAGAAAAGCUCAACUCGUCCUCUGUUGUUAAGAUGGUUCGAUCUUGCUCGUAGGCCAUACUCUUCUCAACACCAUCACCUCCAUAAUUCUUAAUCCAGUUCUCGGUUUCCUUCUACCUCAUUUCCAUAUCAUCCUAAUCUUCCAGCUACUGAGGAUUGAAAAGGCCCAAUUUCUGUGUUUAUGAGGGCCUGAUUAGUAAAGCAGCCA